GCGUUGAUGCCCUGGGCAUAAGCAGAGAAGAUCUAGCGAUAGGCAUUGGCUUCCUCCACCUUUUUUUUUUUUUUCACUUGAAGAAAACUUACAUCAACCGACCCAUCAUGUCUUUUUUAUUUUACCACAAUCAGUUUGCUCACUUACGGAUCCUACUUCAAGAGAUACUCUCCGCCACCAACAACUUUUCUAGUGAAAAUAUCUGCAGACAAGAUGGAUUUGGACGGGCUUACAAAGGACAACUCUUGCGGUCAGGUGAAUUGAUUGACAUCCUUGCACUGAGGUUAGAUCGGGAAUCCGAUCAAGGACGUAUAGAGUUUAUGACCGAGGUUUCGAUGCUUUCUACACUCAACCAUGAAAAUCUGGUAUCUGUCAUUGGGUUUUGUGAUGAUGACAAUGAGCAGAUCAUCAUAUACAGACACAAGAGCCAUGGAAGUCUCGAUGAAUAUCUAAGUGAGCCUAGGAAUCUCACAUGGAUGCAAAGAUUGGAGAUAUGUGUUGGAGUUGCGCGUGCAUUGAGUUACAUCCAUUAUGAUAAGGGACACGAUUUUAGCGUCAUACAUGGUAAUAUCAAGAGCUCCAAGAUUUUACUGGAGGAUAACUGGAAACCCAAAUUAUUUGGUUUUCAACUUUCCAUGAAAAAUACAGCAACUCGAAGACAUAGACUUCUUCUUGACGAUCUUAAAGGGACGGUAGGGUAUAUAGACCCAAGAUAUGAAAAGACUGGAGGCGUAACUUAUAAGUCAGAUGUGUACUCGUUUGGGGUUGUAUUGUUUGAAGUUCUGUGUGGGAGGACAGCAUUCAAUAUUCCUGCUGAAAGGUGUUCAGCACAUUCAAAAGAGGAAUCAGUUGCUGAUGAGAUCUUGGAGCAUGAUCAAGCCGUCAAGCAACAAUACAAUAAUAGAAUGCCGGAGGAGGAUGAGAUCAUGGAACAACCACCUGGUCCUGUACUAGAUCCCCUAGACAUGUGUACGUUUAUCAAUAGAAGUUAUAAGCACCUGCAUAUGCCAGAAGGGGAAUUAUUAGCUCCAUUGGCCAUACUCCAUUAUGAAGAGAGAAAACUAGACUCUAUGAUCCAUCCGGAUCUAUGGAAACAAACGGACCCACAAUCAUUCAACAUCUUCUCAGAAACAGCAUAUUACUGCUUGAAGGAGCAACGAUCAGAACGUCCGGAAAUAGAUCAAAUUGUCAUAAGGCUUGAGAAAGCACUGAAUCUUCAACAGAGACAUGAAAAUCGUUUGACAUUAAAUGAACGUUCAGAUGUUGCCACUGAAGUUGAAGGUCCAUCAACCAAUCAUUUGGAGUGGGAGACCCUGGAACACUUGAAGAUUGGAUUUCAUGAUAUAGAGUUGGCCACUGAGAAUUUUUCUCAAACACACUGCAUUGGAUCAGGUGCAUAUGGUAAGGUGUAUAAAGCAGAACUCAAACAUGUUGAUGGCCAAAAUUCCUCGAAAAUAGAAGGGAAGAAUGUAUGUGAUCUCCCCAAGAUACACAGCACCGUAGCUAUAAAAUGCAUCUUCAAAAGAGAAGACGCACAAGAUGAAAAAGGAUUCUGCGCAGAAAUUAAAAUACUUACCAGUUGCAAGCAUCCCAACAUAGUCUCUCUUCUUGGUUUUUGUGAUGAAAAAUCACAGAUGAUUCUUGUGUACGAGUAUGUGUCCAGGGGAAGCCUUGAUGAUUAUUUGAGGGGAAUUCAUAACAUGAUUAAUCUUAAAUGGAUACAGCGUCUGCAAAUGUGUCUUGAUAUUGCAGAGGGACUAAAUUACCUUCACAACCAACAGAGUAUAAUACACCGCGACAUAAAGAGUGACAACAUUCUGUUGGACGAUAAUUGGGUGGCAAAGAUUGCUGACUUUGGGCUCUCCAAAUUGGGUCCCAUAUCUGAACAGGUCAGUUAUCUGGAGACAAAUGUUGCAGGUACAAAUGUGUACUUGGAUCCAGAAUAUGAGAAGACGCAUAGGCUGAAAAAAGCAUCAGAUAUAUAUUCUUUUGGAGUAGUUUUAUUUGAGAUCAUGUCUGGAACUUUGGCCUAUGAUACAAAGUACAUGAAGGAAAAUGACAAGGGGCUUGCAUCAUUUGUCAGACAACACUUCCAAAAGGGAACACUGAAGGAUAUUUUAGAUCCAAAGCUAAAGGAAGAAUUUGAUGAAAACAUUAAUUUCACUCUUAGCAAAGGGCCCAAUAAAGAUUCGUUGGACACAUUUUUAGAUAUCGCAUAUCAAUGUUUGGCAGAAACUCAAGCUCAACGUCCAAAAAUUGCAACUGUCAUCAAGGAACUCAAGAAAGCAUUAUACUUUCAAGAAAACCACACGGACAAUCUCAAGAUUUCACUUGAAGACAUAAAAUUGGCCACGGACCACUUCAGUAUACACAAUUUUGUUGCAAAAGGAGGGUUUGGGGCAGUAUACAAGGGAGAAGUUACAAACGCGAAUGGAGGUCACACCACUGUUGCUGUAAAGCGAUUGGAUAAAGAUAGUAGUCAAGGAAAAACUGAAUUUUUGACUGAACUUGAAAUUCUUUUGGAAUAUAAACAUGAGAAUAUCAUUGGCUUAGUAGGCUAUUGCAACGAAAUGGGUGAAAGCAUCAUUAUUUAUGAGUACGCGUCAAGAGGAAGUCUUAAUAAAUACGUGAGGGACGAUGGCCUUACCUGGAUGAAACGGCUUCAGAUAUGCAUUGAUAUUGUGACCGGUUUGGAUUUUCUUCAUGAGGAUGCGGUUAUACAUAGAGACAUCAAAAGCUCUAACAUUCUACUAAAUGAUGAAUGGAAAGCAAAAAUUGCUGAUUUUGGGAUUUCCUUGAUAACUCCAAUAACUAAGGAUAUGGACUUUAUCAUUGAGGCUGCAGCGGGCACAUUCGGCUAUUUGGACCCGGUAUACUAUCAUACUGGAACCUUAGCAAGAGAAUCUGAUGUGUAUUCACUAGGCGUGGUUUUAUUUGAGAUGUUGUGCGGAAGAUUGGCUUUUCAGAAAGAUAGCGGGUUUCUAGGUGUAUUGGCUGAACGAAAAUGCAAGGAGGGAAAACUUGAUGAGAUCGUGUUUAAAGGUAUAAAGGACCAAAUUGCGCCAAAAUCGUUCACUACAUUUCAAAGCAUAGCCUUUCAAUGCUUACAACCCAAGAGAGAAGAGAGACCAACAACAGGUGAGGUGCUACGACGAAUUAAGCAAGCACUGGAAUUUCAAGAGGACUAUGAAAUAUGGGAACCCAAAUUGCCUAAUGAUUAUAAAAAAAUAAUCCCCGAGAUGUACAAUAUUACUAAAAGGGAAAAGGACCUGUAUGACUUGCUCUCCAAAGGCGUCCUCCUUCAAGAAGACCAAGUGUUGUUUUCUCUAGGCCGUAAUGGAGAAAAAAAUGAAAUGAUAUCAGCAAAAAGGCUCUCGUACAUAAAACAUUGUCCACAUAUAUGGCGAUCAGUCCUUGAAUCCAGGUUUCAGGUUGUAGCGGAGGUGUUAGAUAUUUUGAAUCUAAAGAUUAAAAUCAAGACAAGAGCUAAACUUUUAUCUCAAGACGUCGUUUAUGGGGUUUAUUUAGUCUUUAAAUUUUCUAAUCCAAAAGCAGUUUUAGGUAAACCUCUGUAUGUGAACCUAAAGUACAAAAUUGGGAGAAAAUCCUCACAUGCAUAUUUUGCAACAUGGAGAGACAACGACUGGAUGAUGAUCGAGUUGUGCCGAUUUUUUAAUAACAAGACAGAUACCGUUCAUAAGUUUUUACUUGAGAGCUUUUCACGAUACUACUGUGGAGAUAAUACCAUAUUUGUUGAAGGCGUUGAGUUUCGAGCCAUUGACAAUGUGAAACAUGAAGACAUCCAAGAAUUAAAUGAAGUCCAACAAAUCUUGAAAUCAGACUCAAAUAUGGAUGUAUUACAAUUGCCAACAAAACAUGAAGAAAUGGUUAUGAGACCCAAAAACAUUGAUAAUGAUGAACAGUUGUUUUGGUUGCGUGAAGUGAAUGGAAAGAAACAUCUUACGCUUUCUGCAAAGGCAGCUCUCUAUGACUAUUCUGAUGUAAAACUUUUUAAAACAAAACCAUCAGCUCAAUCCAGAUUUCAGGAGGUGAUCGAGCUUCUACUACAGCAAAUAUUUCGUAUCAAUUGCAAGAUUACAAGUCAGAUGUUAUCACCAGAUACAGAGUACGCUUGUUACCUGGUGUUCAAGCUUUCUGAUAAAUGUCGUGGGUUGCAUUGUCCGGUGAAAGUACGAGAUCUACUCCACAGGAACAACAAAGAGAUGGAUGGAUGGAGGUUAAGAUCUGGAAAUUCAACUUCACUCAAGAAAUUAAAAAUCAUCGUCCACGUGUGA